AUGGCAACAUUGCCUAAUGGACUCGCAUUUGGUGGUGGCGCUGGUGGUCUAGCGCAGUUGAACGGAACGAUACAGUUUCAGCAGCAUCCAGCCAACAACCAGUUGAUCGCUAUGAAUCCGCCGACGACGGCUGCACCGCCGCCACCGAACGGAACCAUCUAUCAUCCACAGAUGUAUCCACAACAUCUUCUACCACAACCACUCUAUCCACCGCAGCAUUUCGCUAAUGCGGCGGCGGCACAACAACAUCAAUUAGUUGGUUUUUGUGCGAAUAUUGAGAAGUUUAUAGCAGGCAGUAUGAUAGUUAAAUCGUUUACGAACGAAAUUCUUCACACGGAAAACUUCAAUGAAAGACUCAUGGAGAUAUAA